CACACUCCUCACUAUACAAAAACAUUUUCACUCUCACUCUCUCGUUAUCUCUCAUUCUCUCUGUUUUCUCCAAAGCAAAACCUUCCCUACACACUUUCAAUGGCCGCCAAAACGGUAACCCCUGACGCCGUUUCGAUGCUCCUGGCAAACACUUGCCCCGAUUCCUCAUCGGAUCUCCCCGAAAUCGUUGUUCAAGUUCUCGAUCUCAAGGCGACAGGCAAUAAAUACAUGUUUACUGCUAAUGAUGGAAAAACGAAACUGAAAGCUAUGAUUUCUUCGGAUAUGUGCUCUCAGGUGCUCUCCGGGGCUAUUCAAAACCUAGGUCUUAUUCGCGUCCUUGAUUACACUGUCAACGUAAUACCCAAUAAAUCGGACAAAUACCUCAUUGUCACUAAAUGUGAACCUGUAUCUCCUGCGCUUGAAAUUGAGAUAAAGAGUGAGGAAUCUGGAUCUGGGAUUCUUUUGAAGUCCAAGGUAGAGGGUGGAGUCAAUACUGAAGGUCCUGCUGCUGCUGGGAUUCUUCUCAAGCCCAAACAAGUAGUGACAAAAUCUGCCAAUCAGAUUCUACGCGAACAUGGAAAUUCGGCUCCUGCUGCACGAAUGGCAAUGACGCGUAGAGUGCGUCCUCUUGUUUCCUUAAACCCUUAUCAGGGUAAUUGGACAAUAAAGGUUAGCGUUACGAGCAAAGGGAACAUGCGUAACUAUAAAAAUGCUAGGGGUGAUGGUUGUGUCUUCAAUGUCGAAUUGACGGAUGAAGAUGGUACUCAGAUUCAGGCAACCAUGUUUAAUAAUGCUGCGAGGAAAUUUUAUGACAAAUUUAUUCUGGGAAGGGUUUACUACAUUUCAAAGGGGACUUUGAAAGUUGCUAACAAGCAGUUCAAAACCGUGCAAAAUGAUUAUGAAAUGACGCUUAAUGAGAAUUCUGAGGUGGAAGAGGUAGCCGGUGAAGCAAGUUUUGUUCCCGAAACGAAGUUCAACUUUGUGCAGAUUGAUCAGCUGGGUCCUCAUGUAAAUAAGUCCGAGCUUGUCGAUGUCAUUGGGAUUGUUAAGAAUGUGUCUUCAACAAUGACCAUUCGUAGGAAGAGCGACAAUGAGAGUAUUCCAAAGCGUGACAUUACUAUUGCUGAUGACACCAAGAAGACAGUAGUUGUGUCCUUGUGGAAUGAACUUGCAACUACCACAGGACAAGAGUUACUGGACAUUGUUGAUAAAUCUCCAGUUGUUGCAAUCAAAUCUCUCAAGGUUGGGGACUUCCAAGGUGUUUCUUUGUCAACUAUAGGCAAAAGUGUGGUUCUGGUAAAUCCAGUCAUACCCGAAGCAAAAAAUCUCAGAAGCUGGUAUGAUUUUGAAGGCAAGGAUGCUGCAAUGGACUCUGUAGGCUCUGGUUCAAGUCCAACAUCUAACAAUGGGAUUAGAUCAGUGUACACUGAUCGUGUUUUACUUUCUGACAUAACCUCAAACCCAUCAUUGGGGGAUGGCAAGCCCGCAUUUUUCAGUCUUAGAGGACAUAUAAGCUUCAUAAAGCCUGAUCAGGCAAUGUGGUAUCGUGCCUGUAAGACAUGCAAUAAGAAAGUUACUGAAAGCGUUGGUUCUGGAUAUUUGUGCGAUGGAUGCCAGAAAAGCGAUGAGCAGUGCAGUUUAAGGUAUAUUAUGGUUGCCAAGGUUUCUGAUGCAAGCGCUGAGACUUAUAUCUCUGCCUUUAAUCAGGAAGCUGAGAAGAUCAUUGGAUGCUCUGCUGAUGAUCUAGAUAACCUUAAAUCACAAGAGGGAGAAGUUAAUCCUUAUCAGAUGACAUUGAAGGAAGCUACUUGGGCUCAACAUCUUUUUCGGGUAAGUGUUACUCCGAACGAGUAUAAUGGCGAGAAGAGACAAAGGAUAACAGUUCGGGCAGUUGUUCCUGUUGACUUCGCUGCUGAGUCAAGGUUUCUGCUGGAAGAUUUAUCAAAGAUGAGAGCAUAAGAUGGAUAUGCGGAUUCACAGUUUCUACAUUUUUUUGCUAACGGUUGUUUAGUAUGUUACCGGUUGUAAUUAUUAAUUAAUUCCCUAGGUGGCUUAUAUUAUACAUUUUGCCGAGUUUUAUAGAAUAUCUUUGCCAUCCACAUGGUUACUGAUUUUCCAUUAUGUCAUCAGUGAUUCCUCAAAAAGCUUUGCCUCAAUGAAAGUGAUUUUUCUUUCAA